AGACGAGUCCUCCCACGUGCUAUAUCCGGUCCGUGCGCCUCGCUUCAGUCUCUUAUACCGCGUGGAGUAGAGAGGAGGGAAGAUGGCGGAGGGAGAAGGAUCCAAGAAGAAGUCCAAGAAACGGCGGAGCCAGACUGCGGGAGAGAUAGCUGUAAGUUCGGAGGGGGAGAUGAGUGAUUGUACGACUCUUUCAUGUGUGAAGGGGGGAGGGGAGCACAUGGUGAGGCCGCUCCUGCUGAAGAACUUUGACAAGCUGAAUGUUCGGACAGCACACUACACCCCGAUUCCGUCCGGCUCCAACCCCCUGAAGAGAGACAUUUCCGAGUAUAUUAAAACAGGAUUCAUAAACCUCGAUAAACCAGCCAACCCAUCAUCACACGAGGUGGUAGCAUGGAUCCGAAGAAUUCUACGCGUGGAGAAAACCGGUCACAGCGGCACGUUGGACCCGAAGGUGACGGGCUGUUUGAUUGUAUGCAUCGACCGCGCAACCAGACUCGUCAAAUCCCAGCAGAGCGCUGGCAAAGAAUAUGUCGGUAUUGUGCGACUUCACAACGCUCUGGAGAACGAGCAGCAGCUUUCAAGGGCUAUGGAGACACUCACCGGUGCCCUCUUUCAGCGACCGCCUCUAAUAGCUGCUGUGAAGAGACAGCUGCGUGUAAGAACAAUUUAUGAGAGCAAACUCAUAGAAUACGAUCCAGAGCGUCGACUAGGUAUAUUCUGGGUAAGCUGCGAAGCGGGGACGUACAUCCGUACCCUGUGCGUUCACCUUGGCUUGCUGCUCGGGGUUGGAGGACAGAUGCAGGAGCUGCGCCGAGUUCGUUCGGGUGUCCAAGGCGAGAAGGAUAACCUUGUCACGAUGCACGACGUGUUGGAUGCUCAGUGGCAGUACGACAACAAUAAAGAUGAAAGCUACCUUCGUAGGGUUGUCUUUCCACUGGAAAAGCUGAUGGUGUCCCAUAAAAGAUUGGUGAUGAAGGACAGUGCGGUUAAUGCGAUCUGUUAUGGAGCAAAGAUCAUGCUGCCCGGACUUCUGAGAUAUGAGGACGGCAUAGAAAUGAAUCAGGAUAUCGUGGUGAUAACAACCAAAGGAGAAGCCAUCUGCAUUGGUACUGCCCUCAUGACCACUGCAGUGAUCUCCACGUGUGACCACGGUAUUGUGGCGAAGAUUAAACGCGUCAUUAUGGAGAGGGACAUUUAUCCACGCAAGUGGGGUCUGGGUCCUAAGGCAAGUCAGAAGAAGAUGAUGAUUCAGAAGGGUCUGCUCGACAAACACGGCAAAGCCAAUGAAAAUACUCCAGACCGUUGGCGGGACGAGUACGUUGACUACGGUGCCCGGCCGAAACCGGCGGUAGAGACCCCUGCGCCUGCUAAGAGAAAGCAUGUGAGUGACACGGAGAGCGACGCAGCGACUCCAAAGCAAUCACAGAAAAAGAAAAAGAAGAAGCAGCAGGAGGAGGAAGCAGCCGCCGCCGAAGAGGAAGUGCAGGUCAAGGAGGAGGAGGAGGAGGGCGGCGCCGAGGAAUGUACUGAAGUCAAAAAGAAAAAGAAGAAAAAACACAAAAUAGUACAAGAGGAGGAACAAGCUAAUGGUGCAACCAAAAGCGCGAAGAAGAAAAAGAAGAAACGCCGAGAAGAAGACGAGUGA